AUGGAAGAUCAGUUGAGACAGGGGGGAGAGACCGGACAGCCCACUCAAAAAAUUCUCAGAGAUGAAACCUCAUUCGAAUUCCCCCCAGAUGUGAAUAGACAAAAUUUUGAAUCGCAUCAUUCCCGAAAUAGGACAAGUGAUCUCCCCUCUGAACCACGCCCACGCUUGCGAGACGAAGACGUCUCUUUGGCUAGCGAUGAAGAGUCCGAUCACCCAUCCUACGUACUUCAGUCACAGGAUGGUAAAAUGAGGUUCUACGGAGCCUCUUCAGGAUUCGGUGCGCCAUAUUCUGAACCAGAUGGUCAGAAUGGGGCGACGGACAGUAGGACAUCCGGGGAAACGGCGGCUCAGCGCAGUGCGAAGCGUUGGCCAUUGACCAACUGGAUUCCUAGAGUGCUUCAAGACCCUUUUGAGAAGCGGACAACCCAAGCUUUACCAUCAAAAAAAGACACCCUAGCCCUGGUGGAUGAAUUUCUUACCACAUUCAACCAGGCGAUUCCACUCGUCGAUGACAAGCCCUUUCUCAGACUUGUCGAAAGACAAUUUUCCUGGAAUCCUGAUGAAAGUCCUUCAUCGUGGGCAUUGCUCAAUGUUGUUCUCGCUUUCUCUUACAGGGAAAGAGCACAAACGGCAUCUGACAACAGUCAUUCCUGGAGAGUUUCCCUCGGACAUGUCAAAAAUGCUCUCAAUGUGGUGGUCGAGUUGUUCUUGCGAAAUGCAGAUUUAUCGGCUAUCCAGGCAUUGCUGGGACUGGCACUAUACUUCCAAGGAACACCAAAUGCCCAGGCCCUAUUCAUGUUUUCUGCGGCAGCAAUGCGUCUAUCACAUUCUAUUGGUCUGCACCGGAAUACGACAACUGGUAUGAAAAUUUCCGAAAUCGAGCAGAGACGGAGGAUAUUUUGGAUCGCUUUUAUUUUAGAUGCAGAUAUUUCUCUAAGAGUUGGCCGUCCGCCCGUCCAGGAGAUGGAAGAUUACAACACUCCAUUACCGGACAACCUGCCUCCCGAUCGACGAGGCUUAAUCUGCAUUGAUGGCAUCGAAGUAAACCUUUUACGUCUACUUGCUCAUCUGGCCCUUGUUCAAAGACGCCUCUAUCGUCAUUUUCAUAUGGUUGCCGCGGCUCAACAGCCUCGAGAGAUGAUAAUAAAGUCUGCAAUGGAUUGCGAAGAAGCUCUUUUCGCAUGGAGAGAUUCUAUUCCUGAAGGGCUUCGACCUCAACUGAUUUUCAGGUCGGAGCCAAAUUACUUCCUGCGGCAUCUUGUUCGGAUGCAUCUUGCGUACCAUUCUUGCUGUUCAAACCUCCGACAAUUGCCAAAAACACCCGCUUCUACCGAUAUCAUAUUGGCAGGCGAUAACCACAGGGCGGAUGAUUAUACUGUCAAUAUCUGCCGUCGCUCUAUCGAGGCAGCACGCUCUGCGUUAGCUCUACUGCCUUUAGUUCGCUCCUUCGGCUCUAAUUACAAAUGGAAUGUUCUUUACUUUUUUGCUACAGCAUCUGUGGCCUUGGCGUCGGAGGUUGCCGCCGAUCCUUCACAUAACCUGGUCACCGAUGAUCUUCAGAUGAUCCGUGACACCGUUGUCUUCCUGACGAAUAUCUCAUCCGAGGAGCCAAGUACAUAUGUGGACUUUAUUCUAGGGGUUUGCUCUGACCUAGAAUCAUCUGCAAGACGAGCUGUUCACCAGUAUCGAUCCGAUACACUACAACAAACUGCUUCAAGAACCGAUCGUGAUUCCUGGCGCACGAAUACUGACUCUAUUUCUCAUGCAGAAUCUGCAGUUUAUACCGAUGAUCCCUUGCUUCAACAUGCUACUGACCCUCAUAUCGAGCCAAUGGCUGAUUUGCUGAAUGCACAGUGGUCGUUUCCUCCAUUUUGGAGCUGGCAGGAUACCUUUACUGGCUUAUUACCAUCACCAGGUAUCAAUGAAGGAAAACCCGAUGGCUUUAUAUAA